AUGUUAGCAACUUUUUUAGUUAAGGAUGAAGAUAUUACUAAAGAUUCUGAAAUAAAAGAGAUCGAAUAUGAUAAUUUAGAGAUUGUUGAACAGUUUGAUAUUGAAAAUAUAGUAUGCUUAAGCAAUGAAAUAGUUCAAGAUAGAGCAUCUGAUACUAAUAUUGAAGAACUACAAAAUGUUGAUGAUGAAUUUGAUAAUAAUGAUGAGUCAGUAGUUAGCAAUAAAAUAGGACAAGAA